UCAAUAGGAUAGAUAAAGGGUUUUCCUGUUUUUUGGGUUUUUUAUGGCAAGGUUUUAAGGAGGCUCCGCUUUUAGCUUACUGGCCGUUUGUGCUUUUGUUAAACGUCCGAAGGUGAUAUUUUUCUUAAUAUCUUUCCGUGCAGUUGAGCACCCAACAGAAGAGAGAUCAUUGCAGCUGAAAUUACAGAAGCUCUUUUUUCGGGGGGUGAGGCUAGAAAGAAACCAACCAACCAAGCAACCACAUAGACAGACAUGGCUGAAUCUUCUUCCACUAUUGCCAAGCCCAAGAUAGAGUUAGGAUCCAAAACUGUCCAAGAGCUGCUCCUGCUCGCCGAAGGGGAACAAGUGCCUGAGAACUAUAUCCAUAAAGUUGGAGCCCCAUAUGCUUCUUCUGUCCAGUUGAAGGAUAUUCCAGUAAUUGAUCUUGGUCUCCUCCUCACACCUUCCUCAAUCACCCAACAACAACUUGACAAUUUUCAAUCAGCUCUUACUACAUGGGGUUGCUUUCAGGUAAUAAAUCAUGGCAUGACACCUGAAUUCCUAGACAAGGUCCGCGAAAUGACAAAACAAUUUUUUGCACUUCCAGUGGAAGAGAAGCAGAAAUACUUGAGACAUGCACAAGUCAACGAUAUUCAAGGAUAUGGGAACGACACGGUUUUUUCUGAACAACAAAGACUUGAUUGGUCUGACCGGCUAUACCUUUCUGUAUAUCCAGAAGAGCACCGAGAGCUCAAAUUUUGGCCUCAAAAUCCCAAAUCUUUUAGUGAAACUUUAGACCAAUAUACGACGAAGUUACAAGUGGUAACAAAAACUGUCCUGGAGGCCAUGGCAAGGUCAUUGAAUUUGGAUGUUAAUUGCUUUUGGGACCUGUAUGGAGAACAAGGGAGAAUGGAUUUGAGGUUUAACUUUUAUCCUCCUUGUUCAAGGCCUGAUGUUGUCCUAGGUGUCAAACCACAUUCGGAUUCAUCAUUAAUCACCCUUCUCUUGCAAGACAAACAAGUCGAAGGUCUUCAGUUUCUUAAAGACGAUCAGUGGUUUAGAGCUCCCAUUAUUCCUGAGGCGCUUCUCAUUAAUGUCGGUGAUCAGGCAGAGAUAUUGAGCAAUGGAAUAUUGAAGAGCCCUGUACACAGGGUAGUGAUAAAUCCUGACACGGAGAGGAUCUCUUUGGCUGCCUUCUGCAUGCCUGAAUCAGAUAAAGAGAUUGAACCCCUUGAAAGCCUGGUCAAUGAGUCAACGCAGAGAUUGUACAAGAAGAUGAAAAAUUAUGAAAGCAUAUAUUUCGAAUACUACCAGCAAGGAAGGAGACCAAUUGAAGCAUCAAAAAUUUAAACUUACUCUGUAAUAUAUUAAUUUGAGGGUAAAACACAAUUUGGUCAUUGUGUGUGUUAGGCUCAAAAACACAUUAAAUACUUAUUAAAUUUCUUAGUGAAACUAAGUUGACCUUUCCUCUCAGAAUCAUGACAGCAGUUCCAGAAAACUGAACCGAAAGUACUCGAUAAUUAGUAGAGUUUUGAUCAACUUGAAGGCUGUUAAUUUGACUAUUAAGUUUGGAUGUAGAGACUGAUAAUCUGCUUCCAAGUGCUUGGCACACCUGUGGUUCUGUUUCUUCUUCUUAGCAAGUAGAGAUAGAUAGUGAUCAAAUCUGGCUCCAAUGAAUGGUUUCGAAAUCAAGAAAAUAA